GAAAACAACAAAAACAUGUAAUAUUAGGUAAAUACACUAUAAAAUUAGCCCAGUAAAGGAUAAAUAAGAAGAACAUGUCUUACAAACUGGCGGAAAACAGCUUCCGGAGCGUUUUCAAAACGAUAGACACGGAUUUAGUAAGAUGGUUUCCGGGCCACAUGGGCAAAGGCCUGAAGCAGAUGCAACAAAAACUCCGAAGCGUAGAUUGCAUUGUAGAAGUGCACGAUGCGAGAAUACCGCUGUCGGGGAAAAACAGCGAUUUCAAAUACACCGUGAGCGGCUUGAAACCGCACAUAUUGGUACUAAACAAGGCCGAUUUGAUAGAACCCUCGCGCAAACCGGCCAUAGUAAAAUCUCUAAAAACCGACUAUCCGCACGUCGUAUUCACCGAAAGCAAGAACCAACAGUGCACGGGUGUGAAAAAAAUAUUCCCUUUAGCGCAGGAGCUAAUAGGAGAAUCGAACCGAUACAAUCGAGCGAACGCGGAGGACUGCAAUCUAAUGAUCAUCGGUGUACCCAACGUGGGUAAAUCUAGUUUGAUAAACGCCAUGCGAAUCAGGUUCCUGCGAAAGGGCAAGGCCACCAGCGUGGGCGCCGUACCGGGCAUAACCAGGAGCGUUCUGACAAGAAUCAAACUAUGCGAGAAACCUCUAUUUUACAUGUUCGACACGCCCGGCAUAUUAUCCCCUAACAUACCGAACGUCGAGACCGGCCUGAAACUCGCCUUGUGCGCCACGAUAGAAGACCACCGAGUAGGCGAAGGGAUAUUAGCCGAUUAUUUGUUGUACUGGCUGAAUAAGCAACAACGUUUCCAAUACGUGGAGGCGUUCCGAUUGGACCGACCCAAUGAUAACAUAUUAGAAAUCCUAAGCCACAUCGCUAAAGUAAAUAACAAACAAAUAAAAAUAAGAGACACUCUGAACAACUACUUGAUAAAGCCGGAUUUGAAUCUAGCGGCGCAUAUUUUUAUAAAAUCGUUUAGAAACGGCGAUUUAGGAAAAAUUAUGUUAGACGAUGAUUUGAUUAAAUUAAAAUAGACACGUACCUGUAUAAUAAAUAGUAGUUAA